AUGGAUUUGCGAUGUUUACGUGAAAGAAAAUUGCCGCCCGGUUAUUUCUUGAAGCUUCAUCAUGGUCAACUAAUAUCAAGCUAUAAUGAUAAUAAUCAAUCAGAUCCGUUUACCACAACAUCAAGUACGCGAUUGCAAGAUCGUCUACGGAUACGUUUACGUCUUUCAUUACAGCAAUUUCUAGCAACACGUUUAAAACCAGGACGUCGACGAGCUAAAGAACAUAACCAUCGAAUUCAUUUAACACUCAAUGAAUACAAUUAUUUAAAAAGUAUUGGUAUUAAAAAAAAACGUAUCGGUGGUUAUUUAUCAUUUGAUUGUUUUAUGUCAACAUCUGUUGAUGCUAAUAUUGAGUUGUUUUUGUCGAAUUCAUCUAAAGGAUUUUUGGAAAUGAAUCCUCAACCAAAAUCGGAUUUUAGUCAUAGUGAAUGUGUUUUAUGA